AUGAAGUUGACACUGUUGGGUGCCGUUUUAUUGAAUGUGGCUAUUGCCCAAUUCUCGUGCCCUGCUGAAUUUACCUACAAUAAUGCCCUUGGAGCUUGUUUAAGCACUUACACUUUCUAUUCUAGCUGGAGCUCUGCCAACUUCUACUGUAAUUAUGCUGGAGCCAGCUUGCUCUCCGUGCACAACGCUAUGCAGAACUCACUGUAUGCUCAGAUUCAAAAAAAUCAAACUGGAGACAAUCGUGGCUGGCUGGGAUUGACGAAGAAUGGGAGUAUGUGGAUGUGGACUGAUGGAACACCCUUCGACUACAACAGAGUGCAAGGCACUCAAGGAAACUGUGUCUACCUUGACUCAAACGAUUUGUUCUGGAAAGGAGCGGAUUGCAGCGUUGAUCUCCCGUUCCUCUGCACCGUUCCAGCAGGCAACGGAACUCGAGCUCAAACCACUACACAACCAUCGUUAUUCAAUGUCACGACAACCAACAUUCCAAACACACCAGCCAAUCUCAAUUGUCAAUCAGUCAAUCAACAAUCAUUGUACACCUGUCAACAGGGCUGGCAAUACUUUCCAACAACCGGAUAUCAAUAUAUGGUGAUCUAUGAGAGCGAUUACAACACCGGAGAAGCUUAUUGUGUGAGCCAAGGAGGCCAUCUUGCGUCAGUUCACAGUGCUGAAGAGAACAACUUCAUCACAAAUCUUUGUUGUCCCACUGGCUGCUCGUUUUCGAACAACGAUGGUCGUUAUGGACAGUAUGUGCUUGGAGCCUAUGAGCAAGGUGGCUCGUUCUUCUGGAGUGAUGGAACUCCGUUCGAUUACUCAGGCAGUCAAUGCUUUGACGAACACUUGGAUAACUCGGUCCUUUUGGUGUCCAACUACCUCAACUGUGACAUUUGCGGAACUCCCGGAAAUUGGUUCUGGGAGGAGCUCUACUUUGGAAGUGUUCUGGUAGGAAAUCCCGGUCAAACACUCACCGUCGAUUUUGAUACCGGUUCGGAUAUGUUUUGGGUGCCUUGUAAUUGUAAACUUGGUGACAUCGGUCUACAAGAUCCUUUCGAGAUAAACUCUUGCGCCUCACAUACUCAUGUUUUCAAUCCAAAAGCGUCAAAGACAAACCGCAUGACCUCGACACCGUUCAGCAUUCAGUAUGGGAGUGGUUUUGUGGAUGGUCGUGUGAUGUAUGAUAGGCUUUGUAUUCCAGGCACAGCUCAUUGCACACCAAGACCACAGAAAAUGGGAUGCACUUCAUUUACGGACUCUGGCUUUCGAAAUGCUCCUGGUAGCAUUGAUAGCGAUGGCUUGAUGGGAUUGGCUUAUGUUUAUGGAAAAAUGGGUGACUCGCUGAUACGAUCGAUUUUCAACAGUGCCAAUUGCAAGCUUGAAAUAUUUGCUUUCUACUUGAGCAACUCUGGAGACAAAACAAAGAGCGAGAUGACGAUUUGUGGAACCGAUCCAGCACAUUAUAUUGCACCACUCCGUUUCCUCAGUGUUGACAAAUCGAGUUACUAUUGGACUGUGGCUUUAAGUCGAGUGCAAUGGGGAGGGAAAACGCAAUGGACAAAAUCGGCGCUGAAUGCAGUCCUUUUUGAUACUGGAACAACUGGAAUUUACUUGCCCGGUUCGCUUGUAAAUAAAAUUGAAUCCGCGUGUGGCAAGUGUAGUUGUCCGACAUUAAUCUUUACCUUGAAUGGACAUACAUUUUCUCUCCCUGGCAGUUAUUAUGUGGACUCUUCAUGCACUUUGUUGAUCUUUUCUUCCGAUGAGAUCUCGAUUGCUGCCGGUUUGAAUGCACAAUGGAUUCUCGGUGACGCGUUUCUUCGACGAUUCUAUUCAGUCUACGAUUAUGCACAUGGACGAGUUGGGUUGGCUCCUCGACGA